GGUCUCAGUUGCUAAGCUGCAGCUGAGGAGCAACCGGACUGUCAACAAGUUGCCAGCAGCGGCGGAGACACCGGAGACACCGACCAGCUGCCGGUUUAACGUUCACACUUUAACCCGCUCGGUCAGAUGCUUCGCGGCGGACAGACGAAGGUGAAUGAAGCUCCGUGCAGAGAGUGAAGCUGAUGUGUGUCCUCGCUGAUCCUGAUUGAACUUCAUGAAUUAACCUCAGCGGCGGUCCAGCAGUUCAAACAGUGUGACCAGUAUGGCUGCCGCCAACACCACCAAGAUCUCGUGGCGACUGCAGGAGUUCGAGGCUCACUCCAGCAGAGUUUCCUGUUUGGCUCUGGGCAAAAGCUCCGGCCGCCUGCUGGCCACAGGAGGGGAGGACUGCAGGGUCAACCUCUGGGCUGUCAGCAAGGCCAACUGCAUCAUGAGUUUGACCGGUCACAAGAACCCGGUGGAGUGUGUCCAGUUCAACGUGUCGGAGGAUCAGAUCGUCACCGGUUCACAGUCUGGAUCAAUACGAGUCUGGGACAUGGAGGCUGCCAAGAUUUUAAGGACUCUGAUGGGACACAAAGCCAACAUCACCAGCCUCGGCUUCCACCCGUUUGGAGACUUCCUCGCCUCGAGCUCCAUGGACACAAACAUCAAGCUGUGGGAUGUGCGCAGGAAAGGAUAUGUGUUCAGGUACACGGGUCACACUCAGGCGGUGAGAAGUGUGGCCUUCAGUCCUGAUGGGAAGUGGUUGGCCUCAGCCAGCGACGACUGCACCGUCAAGCUGUGGGACCUGACCCAGGGGAAGACCAUCACGGAGUUCAAAUCUCACACCGGCCCCGUCAACAUCGUGCAGUUCCACCCCAACGAGUACCUGCUGGCGUCAGGCAGCUCCGACAGGACCGUCAAGCUGUGGGAUCUGGAGAAGUUCACGAUGAUCGGCUCGACGGAGGGCGACACGACUCCAGUCAGGUGUGUGUUUUUCAGCCCGGACGGCGGCUGUCUGUUCAGCGGGUCCACCGACUCUCUGCGGGUCUUUGGCUGGGAGCCCGACCGCUGCUUCGACGUGGUGCCGGUGGGCUGGGGAAAAGUCUCUGACCUGGCCGUCUGCAACCAACAGCUGAUCGGCGUGUCUCACCAGCUCUCCAGCGUGUCGUCCUACGUGGUGGAUCUGAAGAGGGUGAAGAAGAGCGGCGGCUCCGUGAUCAAGGGAAUCAUCCAGGACAACCAGCCGCUCACGGAGCCGAAGGAUCCCAAGGGAAACGCUCUGCGCAGGAACUACGAGAGACCCACAACCACCUGCAGCUCCCAGAGGGUGGGGCAGAGGUCAGACGCUGAUAGGCGGAGCCCCGAAGGAGAGAGGCGGAGCCCCAGCGAGGACGAGGCGGACGAGAAGGUGUCGUCAGCUGAAAUCCACAACGCAGAAGACUACAAGGAGAUCUUCCAGCCCAAGAACGCCAUCUGUAGGUCGACCACAGCGUCACAACUGCAGUCAGCUGAUCCUCCAAUGAAAACAAUGACAAACGCUCGCACUCCUCCCAAGAUAUCGGAGCCUUUCCCCGCUCCUCCAGAGGACGAGACGAUAUUAGCGAUCGGCCGCCAGCUGAAGGACAUGAUGUCUCCUUUUCCUGAGAAGCAGCAGGCUCCUCCGCUGGCCUUCUCCACACCUGUCCAGAGGGUGGAGCCUACAGUGGUCUCCUCCGGGAAGCGCCCCGCCCCAUCAGCGAUCAGCCCGGCGCCCUCCGACACCCCCGCCUCCGGCCCGCCUCUUCCUCCUCCUCAGACUCAGCCUCCCGUUACCACGGCGAAGUCUAAACCACAACCUAAAAUCAUCCUCAGCAACAGGAACGAGCCGAUCGGCCUGAACGUGGCCGACUUCCUGCCUUCUUCGCCCAACAACCGAUCCGGAGCUCUGAGCGACGAGGAGGCUCUGUCUCAGAUCAAGAAGGGUCACGACACCAUGUGCGUGAUGCUGAGCAGCCGUCACAAGAACCUGGAGACGGUCCGAGCCGUGUGGGCCAGAGAGGACGUCAAGAGCGCUCUGGACGCCGCCGUCUCCAUGAAUGACCUGUCUAUUGUUGUGGACAUCCUCAACAUCAUCAACCUUCAACCGUCUCUAUGGAAACUGGACCUGUGCACGACCAUUCUUCCUCAGAUCGACAAACUGCUGCAGAGCAAAUAUGAGAGCUACAUGCAGACCGGCUGCACGUCCCUGAAGCUCAUCAUGAAACACUUCUGGAUGCUGAUCUCAGACACGCUGAAGGCCACGCCCUCUGUCGGAGUCGACAUCACGCGAGAGGAGCGACACCAGAAGUGCAGAGCGUGCUGCAAGCAGCUGAAGAACCUGAGCAACAUGGUGAAGAACAAGGCGGCGCAGGUCGGCCGCCACGGCAGCGUCUUCAAGGAGCUGCAGCUGCUCAUGGCGCCGCUGGACGACUCGCUCUGAGACUCGGCAGCUUCCUGACGGGACCGCAGACCGACGGCGCCGAAGCUUCGUCUGUUUAAAGAUUCCUGCACCGCGCGACACGUCCUCAGAGGCCUCGUCACACGGCCUGGGAAGGACUUUGUCAAUAAAAGGUGUUAUUUUAAGACGUUAACCUUCUUGUACUCUAAAAUCACUUUGAGCAGCAGACAGCGGCGCAAGGUGAAACUACGAUGCUGAGUAAUGCGAAGGCAGGUGGGACGCCGCUCUGCUGUGGCGAGCAGGUAAAUUCUGCCCAUCACACGGCGCAGAGGGAAUUAUGUCUCAGACGCUUCUCCUCCCUGAGAGAGAAAAGACAAUCAGGAAUAUUAACGUUGAGCGAAACGGGAAGUCGAACUGAAGAGACGCUGGUGAGCAUCACGGACUGACAUUCAGAAACAAGUCUCAGGUGUUGAGUUCACCUGAGGGCAGAAGAAGCGCCAACACGCUGUGAUCGACACAUGUAGUCCAAAACAGACACAAAGAACUUUCUGAUGUUCAGAUAUUUCCUUCCCUCUUCUUUUCUACUUUCAACUCCCCCAGACAGUUAGAGCCUCUAUUUUAAAUGUCCUGUUUAUUUAAAUAAAGUUGUACAUGUUGGGAUUAA